AUGCCCAUGGUGUCUAAGACCUCAUCUAGUCAGGCCCAAUUGACGUUAUCAAAGGCCUUUUCUGCAUCUACCGCCAAAAAAGCUCGGCUGUCUGCAUUUCCCCCUGCCUUGAGCACAUCUAAAGCCGCCAACAAUUUCCUGAUGUUUGAGACUGCCGACCGACCAUUCAUGAAGCCCACUUGUGUUGCAUAUUGUUUUGUACUCAUUCUGUUUUUCUCAAUUCGGCAGAUUCAAGAUCUAGAAGCCUGUGACGAAAUGUAUGAGAGCCUUAGUAGGCUAAACAGCAACUAUUACAGAGAAAAGUAUCCACGACUUCAAAAUACAAGUUUUACAGAAAUCACGGUGGAUGAAUAUCGAAUGGUGCUGGCGACUGAUUCUCUGAAGCAGAUGGAUGAGAUGAAAAAAGGAAUGUGGAAGAGGCUCAAAGACAAGUUUAAUGUGAAAUCCCCUCAGGACGAUGUUAAGGAGUAACACCAUAUUGUUCAUAUCGCAAUUUGUGCUCGCUCCCUUCCUCCUGUACACACUCUAUUAGUUCCAUAUAUGAAGUCUCUUAAUAAACAGACUUUUUCUUCCCA